ACGCAAAAAGAUAUGAUAUGAAGGAGUUCCAUGGGCUGAGAUCUCCGGUACGGUGUGUGACUGUCGCGUCCAGGCAGCGCCCAGGCCAGAGAUGGCUCCUGGUGGCACCUGCGAGCCGGGGAGCCACCGGGCGAGGCCUGGGCCGCAGGGCAGUGCUCAGCCCACGCAGCUCCCGCUGUGCAGUGCUCGGACGAGGAUGAAGCCAUCAAUGACAAAUCACGGGUGAAAAUGUAGGAAGUAAAUCUGGACACCACUUCUGGGGAGCCUAAGAUCCCGCUUCUUCCCGCCUAGUUGCAGAUUGAAGUAUCAUGGGCAGAAAAUAGUUUGGAUGAUGUGUUUUGCCAGCAUAUUUCUGCAAUUUCAGUUUUAACCAUGGAUAAGUGUAAGCACGUAGGACGUCUGCGACUGGCCCAAGAUCACUCCAUUCUCAACCCUCAGAAAUGGCAUUGCAUGGACUGCAAUACUACGGAGUCCGUGUGGGCGUGCCUCAGCUGCUCGCACGUGGCGUGUGGAAGAUACAUCGAAGAGCAUGCACUAAAGCACUUUCAGGAGAGCAGCCACCCAGUGGCAUUAGAGGUUAAUGAGCUGUAUGUUUUCUGCUAUCUCUGCGACGAUUAUGUUCUCAAUGACAACGCCACCGGCGACUUAAAACUCUUGCGGAGUACGUUAAGUGCAAUCAAGAGUCAAAACUAUGAGUGCACUACUCGAAGUGGGAGGACUUUGCGUUCUAUGGGUACCAGUGAUGAUUCCUACCUUGCACAUGGUGGUGCCCAAGCCACGCUUCGGAACGAAGACAGGAUGUUCACGGCUCUCUGGCACCGACGGCGUGCGGUCCUCGGCAAAGUAUUCAGAUCGUGGCUUGAGCUGACGCCUACCGGAAAAAGGAUUUUGGAAGAAGAAAGACGUCAAGAAGAAGCAGAGCUAAAAAAGGAUGAAGCUAGGAAGAGGAGACAAGAACGAAAGCGUGAGCUGAAAGCAGAGAUGGAAAAGAUGCCUCCAAGAAAGAGCAGUCGUUUACAAAAUCAGAUUAGAAUGUCCUCAAAACCAGAACCCCGCCCUCCAAAAACAUCACAGAAUGUGGAAUUUUUGGCAGAGUUGAAAGAAACAUAUACCUCAGAAGAACUGAGAUUGAAAAAAAUAAGUGACUCUCCAAUUAAACGAAGGCCUACAGUGACUCCUGGAGUAACAGGACUGAGAAAUCUGGGAAACACAUGCUAUAUGAAUUCUGUCCUGCAGGUAUUAAGUCACUUACUUAUUUUUCGAGAAUGCUUUUUAAAGCUUGAUCUCAACCAAACUCAGGAACUGCUGGCAACAGCAAGCAAUGGUAAAACAAGAUCUUCGUCUAAACACUUGUCAAUAGCUGCCUCAACAUUACACGUGAAUGAAAACCAAGAGAAAGUAAAAGGAUCAUAUUCUGUGAGGCGGCCUAGUUUAUCCUCUGGAUUAAGUGGAGGAGCAUCAAAAAGUAUGGAACUUAUUCAGCCCAGGGAGCCCAGUUCAAAGCAUAUUUCUCUCUGUCAUGAGUUGCAUACUCUAUUCCAGGUUAUGUGGUCUGGCAAAUGGGCACUGGUGUCUCCUUUUGCCAUGCUUCAUUCUGUGUGGAGACUAAUUCCAGCCUUCAGAGGGUAUGCCCAACAAGAUGCUCAGGAAUUUCUCUGUGAACUUUUGGAUAAAGUACAGCAGGAACUGGAGACUACAGGGACCAGAUACCCAGCUCUCAUCCCUGCUUCUCAAAGAAAACUUAUAAAGCAGGUUUUGAAUGUGGUUAACAACAUUUUUCAUGGACAGUUAUUAAGUCAGGUUACAUGCCUUGCCUGUGACAAUAAAUCAAAUACCAUAGAACCUUUCUGGGACCUGUCCCUGGAGUUUCCCGAGAGGUAUCACUGCAAUGGCAAGGAGAUGUCAUCUCAGUAUCCAUGUCUGCUGACAGAAAUGCUGGCCAAGUUUACAGAAACUGAAGCUUUGGAAGGAAAGAUAUAUGCAUGUGAUCAGUGCAACACAAAACGAAGGAAGUUUUCUUCUAAACCAGUUAUACUCACAGAAGCUCAGAAGCAGCUUAUGGUGUGUCGACUACCUCAGGUUCUCAGAUUACACCUUAAACGGUUUAGGUGGUCAGGACGCAAUCACCGUGAGAAGAUUGGUGUACAUGUUAGUUUUGAUCAAAUGCUAAACAUGGAGCCUUAUUGCUGCAGGGAAUCCCUCAAGUCUCUCCUGCCUGACUGCUUCAUCUACGACUUGUCCGCUGUGGUAAUGCAUCACGGGAAAGGAUUUGGCUCAGGGCACUACACUGCCUACUGCUACAAUUCUGAAGGAGGAUUUUGGGUACACUGCAAUGAUUCAAAACUCAACAUGUGCACUAUGGAAGAAGUAUGCAAGGCUCAAGCCUACAUUUUGUUUUACAGCCAACGACUUACUCAGGCAAAUGGACAUGGUAGAGUCCCUUGUCCUAGCACAGCUGAAAGUCAGCAGCACCCAGAAUUAGCUGGCUCUUGCAUGGACAACAGUAGCAGCUAAUCCAAAGCCAGUUAACUGCUUGUAUGGUAAAGGUUUAAAUUGUCAUAACUACGUAUUUUUAAAAGGAAGUACAGUAUUGUACUUUUUCAAUGUUUAUAUAGUUUUGUAUUAGUUGAAGUACUCUUUACAAUGGUUAGCAAAAGUUUUUAUUGACAAUAAGUUACUUUCAAAGUACCUAGAAUUCCAAUACAGCUAUUUUUUUAAAGAAGAGAUUGCUAUGUGCAUUUAACUUUUACCUCAGGCUAUUUUUUUAAGCUGGUUUUGUAUUUUGAUAAUGUUUUUGAAUUGGUUUAGAAAAUUUACUUCAAUGGGCAACUGAUAUUUGUCUGGUUAAUUUUCUGUAUAUGCUUGUGUACAUUUUAUAGUAUAGUUCUAAUGAAACCGUGAUUCUUACUGUCUUGCAGGAAUUGCUACUAGGUCUUAGAAUAUUGACUUUCACCAGCAAGGAAUGUUAAAACAUGUCAGAUAGUAACUGAAUUUUCUUGUAGACAACUUUCUGUGAAAUUAUUUUGCAAGCUUGAAUGGCUAUACUAAAGAUACACUGAUGGAAUUUCUUAAAAUCUGAACUUGAGGAAAUAGAGCAUGAAGUUAUUUUCAUGUAAGUGUGUAAGAGGAGUGUUUAAUAACACAAGAAUGUAUCUUUAUCAAGACUUGCAUGUUUUAGCCUUAACAAACCCGACAACUUAAAACUCAAGUGCCAAAUUCAAAGUAACUUAACAACCAGGGGCUUUUUUAUUCCAAAAAUUUAAAAAGUUUUCUUAAACAAGUAAAAAGCUCAGUAACCCCCUGUACAAUAAAACCACACUUACUCACCCCACUGUCACUGCUGCAAGAACAUUAGCAUCCCUUUUCUUGAAUUGGGCCAGCUUACUUUAAGCUGCAGCAAGCAUUGUCUGUCUCAGUCAUCCCUGGACAAACAGCUGAUGAAAAGCAGCUGCAAUGUUUGCAUGAAAGCAUUCUCAGACUGGUUUAAUUACCCACAACUGCUGUACCUUAUACUACAUGGUUCUACCACUAGCAUUAACAGAACUGUGCGGUGAGGAGAAUUUAACAAGCAGGAAUUAUCAAUCCUCCACAUACAGUAGUUAAUGCCAAUUAAAUUUUAAUUGUGAAGUUAUUUUGUGUAAGUCCUAUGCAAAUUGUUACCUCAUCUUCUGCAAAGUUUAUACCUCAAUAAAAUGCCUUGAUAUGGACAGAAAA